AGCCCCGCCCCGCCCGAGCCACCAAGCAGUUCCCGCCCUCGCCCAGCGCCCAGGUAGCUGCGAGGAAACUUUUGCAGCGGCUGGGUAGCGGCACGUCUCCAGUUCCUUAGGGCCACUGCCAGGCUUGCCGAGUCCUGGGACCUCUCUCGCCCCCGCUGCCACUCUCCCACUCUCUCCUCGCUCCCCGCCAAGCAGGAUGGCAGGGACCGUGCGCACCGCGUGCUUGGUGGUGGCGAUGCUGCUCAGCUUGGACUGCCCGGGACAGGCGCAGCCCCCGCCACCGCCGCCGGACGCCACCUGUCAGCAGGUCCGCUCCUUCUUCCAGAGACUGCAGCCCGGACUCAAGUGGGUGCCCGAAACCCCGGUGCCAGGAUCAGAUUUGCAAGUGUGUCUCCCCAAAGGCCCAACAUGCUGCUCAAGAAAGAUGGAAGAAAAGUAUCAACUAACAGCACGAUUGAACAUGGAACAACUGCUUCAGUCUGCAAGUAUGGAGCUCAAGUUCUUAAUUAUUCAGAAUGCUGCAGUUUUCCAAGAGGCCUUUGAAAUUGUUGUUCGCCACGCCAAGAACUACACCAAUGCCAUGUUCAAGAACAACUAUCCGAGCCUGACCCCACAAGCUUUUGACUUUGUGGGUGAAUUUUUCACUGAUGUGUCUCUCUACAUCCUGGGUUCUGACAUCAACGUGGAUGACAUGGUCAAUGAAUUGUUUGACAGCCUGUUUCCAGUCAUCUAUACCCAGCUAAUGAACCCAGGCCUUCCAGAGUCCACCUUAGACAUCAAUGAGUGCCUCCGAGGGGCAAGGCGUGACCUGAAAGUAUUUGGGAAUUUCCCCAAGCUUAUUAUGACCCAGGUUUCCAAGUCACUGCAAGUCACUAGGAUCUUCCUCCAGGCCCUGAAUCUUGGAAUUGAAGUGAUCAACACAACCGAUCACCUGAAGUUCAGUAAGGACUGUGGCCGAAUGCUCACCAGAAUGUGGUACUGCUCUUACUGCCAGGGACUGAUGAUGGUUAAGCCAUGUGGUGGCUACUGCAAUGUGGUCAUGCAGGGCUGUAUGGCAGGUGUGGUGGAGAUUGACAAGUACUGGAGAGAAUACAUCCUGUCUCUGGAAGAACUGGUGAAUGGCAUGUACAGAAUCUAUGACAUGGAGAAUGUACUGCUUGGUCUCUUUUCUACCAUCCAUGACUCCAUCCAGUAUGUCCAGAAGAACGGAGGAAAGCUCACCACCACGAUUGGCAAGUUAUGUGCCCAUUCUCAACAACGUCAAUAUAGAUCUGCUUAUUAUCCUGAAGAUCUAUUUAUUGACAAGAAGGUAUUAAAAGUUGCUCGUGUAGAACGUGAAGAAACCUUAUCCAGCCGAAGAAGGGAACUAAUUCAGAAGUUAAAAUCUUUCAUCAGCUUCUAUAGUGCUUUGCCUGGCUACAUCUGCAGCCAUAGCCCUGUGGCUGAAAAUGACACUCUUUGCUGGAAUGGACAAGAACUCGUGGAGAGAUACAGCCAAAAGGCAGCGAGGAAUGGAAUGAAAAAUCAGUUCAACCUCCAUGAGCUGAAAAUGAAGGGUCCUGAGCCAGUGGUCAGUCAGAUUAUUGACAAACUGAAGCACAUUAACCAGAGGAGAAACACAAGCAUGUUUAAAUACAAAGAAGAGGCAGCCAGUAAUGAAGACGAGCUAGACAGUUAUGUUGCUCAUCAGUUUGGGGCUGGUUUGCUUAGGCCUGAGGUGGACUGGGCUACUGAACUCAUUGUUACCCUUGGGUAUUAUUUCAUCGUCACUGCCUCCUGGGAG